GUGAUUGUUGGUUUUCUUUGGACCAGAUUUAUGUUUUCUUUCCUGAGGAGCCGAAGGUUGGUGUCAAAACAAUGAAGACUUAUACCAAUCGCAUGAAAUCAGAUAAUGUUUUCCGAGCAAUAUUGGUUGUUCAACAGAAUCUCACACCCUUUGCGAAACAAUGCAUAAAUGAAAUAGCAGCAAAAUUCCAUUUGGAGGUUUUCCAGGAGGCAGAGUUGUUGGUCAACAUUAAAGAACAUGUUCUUGUACCUGAGCACCAGCUCCUGACAAAAGAGGAAAAGAAAACUUUGCUGGACAGAUACACAGUUAAAGAAACACAGGUCACUUAUCUGGAAUUUCAAUAAUGCACUUGCUAGAUUAAAAAUGAUCAAUAUGAUUUAGCUUCACAAACUUUGUAUUAGUAUGCCAUGCCAUAUGUAACAAGCAAUUCAACUUCAUAACUGCUGGAGAUGUUACUGUUUCCAGAAGUUAUGAUAAUUAUUUCCAAAUUCAAAUUUGAAUGUCAAACUUGGUAUAGAAAACAAGGAAAAUUGGGCUCCAGUUGGCACCUAUUUUAGGGGGAGAAUGUUACUACUUGCAUUGAAGGCAAUGAAUGUCUGUGAUUUAGUAGUAUUUAUAUAAGGGCAGUGAUUGAGCUUGGGGAAAAUGCUUGCAUAGUUUAAUUUGUUCGUGCUUAUGAAGUUUGGCUUGGGCUUCACUUUUUUCUGUUCUAGAGAUGGAUUUCCUCACCUUGUUUUAAGUUUGCCAAGCAAAACAGUUGCUAGUGUUACCACAGGG